AUUAGACUCAAAAAUCAAAAUCAAACAAAAAUUUUUCACUAUCAAGUAAUUAUUAUUAUUAUUAUUAUUAUUUAUUGGUGAAAUUAUAUAUAUUGACAAAAAAGAUAUAUAUGAUGCGAUUCUCAAAAGACUAUAACAUAUAACUCUUUUUAUGCUCGGGUUUAAAACCGAAGCAGCAAAUGAUUGUAUCUUUUGGCAUCACAAGUGAAUAGCUAAUUCUAAGCCACACGUAAACAGGAUCAUUCAAUUAUAUCCUGCCCACUAAUACAGCUAAGCAGCAAUAUUAUUUUUAUAAGGAUUUGAAUCUGAUCUGUAAAACAACAUUAAGCCUGGGCACCCCCUUUAGUCUCAUCAAUCAUUCCCACAACCUUUCUCACAAAGACUGAGAAAACAGUAGCAGCACCAAGCUAUCAGUAAUGGAGAGAAAUCCAACAUUUCUAAAAAUCAAAGAACUACACAACAAGACAGGCAUCUAAGAUCCCAAACUCCAUUCCAGCUUCAAUUAGUAAGUGAAGGCUAUAGCCCAACCUUUACUGGCAAACAUUUUUCAACUACAUAAAAACAUUUUUCAAUUAGUAACCCAGAAACAUAACCUCCUCAAUAUCAUCUAAUGAUUUAGAAAGAGGAGUAGAAGGCCAAUCAACACAUAAAAACUCAAAAUCAUAUCCCAUAAUAAGAUUCCAACUACACAGUAUUAGGAUUAGAAAUUCACCUCUGUCAGGAUUCAAGGCAGCUUAGGCUUUAGAAGCUCCCAAACACUUAUCGUUUUAUCUCUGCAUACAAAAGAAUAUACAAAAUCAAUGAAAUCUGGCGAAAGAGACAUGAUUGAAGUUGGAAGAAGUAGCAGAUCCAAGUGAAAGAGACAUUGCCUUUAUCGAUUAAAUUCAGCCAUUUCAACUAAAUUGAACAAAAAUUAAAGAAAAUCAAACACUUACUUGAGCUGUGAAGACUGAAGAAAGAGAAAUUACUUUGCCAUGGAAGACGUAGAAAUGAAAAAAAAUGAAAUUAGGGCUUUAAAUCUGAGAGUUCAGGAAGAGGAGAGGAAAAAUUGAAGGUUUUAUGGUCUGAAAUUAGGUACCGGCUAACGUACCCCCUAAAGGAUGUCCGGCGUCCACAUGAGUUGAAUGUAUACCAGGACAUACUUAAAGAAUUUUACCUCAGAAAAUUCAGUGUUGUACGGCUAAUGUGGCAAAAUUCACUUACCCACUGUGUACUGAAAGCAGACUUCCAAAAGGGUAAAAAGGAGCUUGCGGUUUCCCUCUUUCAGGCUGUAGUUUUAAUGCUAUUUAAUGAUGCUGAGAAGUUGAGCUUCCAAGAUAUUAAAGAUGCUAUCGAAAUUGAGGAUAAAGAGCUGCGUAGAACUCUCCAAUCUCUUACAUGCGACAAAGUUCGCGUCCUUCAGAAGGUGGUUCGCAUUUUUAAGCUUUUGGUUAAAAGGUUAGCUAAGGGUUGAAAUGUAGGUAACAGAGAUUUUGUAAUAAUUUUUUUAAUUUUCAGGAUUAGUUAUUGUAGUUUGAGAUUGCUCGUUUUAAUGUUGAAUGUUGAUAUGUAGAAUACUUUUGUUGUAUCUUUUAAUUGCAUUUUGGAGUAGUUGCAUUAUUUUUCCUUGUUUAAAUGUGAUUUCCUUUUAACAAUCAAAUGUAAUAAUUGGACCUUCUUUAAGUUCCUGAAGAUGGACAAGGUGAGAUAAUUAUCGACAAACCUUAAGCACCAUUGAAACAUGGUAAUAUUGUCGAUCAUAGGGAUGUUGGGCAAAGGCAAGUCGCAACUGAAAUUUCAAACCCUCAACAGCUUUCAAACAAUUUUCUUAGGAUACUUUUGUUUUAUGUUUUCCAAUUUAAAAUGCUAUUGUAUACAAAAUUUGUUGAUGUAGAUGCGUUUUUAGUUCGAUCAACAACUUUGCAUAUAAUUAAGGUUAAUUACACUGUUGUAGGUGUAGACUCAAUUAGGAACGGGAACAGCAACAAGAGGGGGGUGAAUUGUUGUUGUUACUAGUUUAAGCGUUUUUGCCCUGUUUUUGCGGAAUUGAAUAAAAUAAAUAAAGCUUAAACUUAGAGCGAAAUAAUUAAAAGAGACAAAAGAUUUUUACGUGGAAACCUUCUAGGCCUAAAUAGAAGGAAAAACCACGACCCCUCAGGAUUUCUAAAUUCUCCACUAUGUUUAAGGCAACUCGUUACAAUUACAUUAAACAUCUUACUUCACUCGAAGCGCAUCAACUAGGCCAACUCUUCUCUCUCAAAUUGCUUCACUCAAAGCAACAAACUUAGCUUCACUAAAAGCUAAACUCCACACUAGCUUCACUAAAAGCCUUAGCUUUACUCAAAGCUAUUCUCUUCUCUAGCUUCACUAGAAGCUUUCUAAUUCCCCCUAGACUCACCCAAGUCUAGUUACAAAGAUUCUCUCAAAAACCCUUACAAAAGGAUAAAAAAUUCUCUA